UUUACUUUUAUUUUCUUUUUUUCGACUUACUAACUUUUCUAACUUGUUUCUUUCCAUUUAUAUUAGAUAUUGUGCCAUAACUAAUCCUCUUCGAUAUAAGACUUCAGUGAAUAGACGAAAUCUUUAUUGCAAUAUAAUCGUUAUUUGGAUAAGCAGUAUUACCAUUUCAUUUGUUCCAAUAUUCAGUGGUUGGUAUCAUGCUGGAACCAUUAACAAUAUCCUAACAUUUGACCAUCUCCCUGACUGUGAACUUAAGGUUAAUCGAAUCUAUGCCGUUCUAUCUUCUAGUAUUUCAUUUUAUGUUCCAUUGAUUGUUAUGCUUUAUGUUUACAUGAGAAUUUUGAUUAUCGCUGAGGAACAAUCUCGACAAAUUAAGCAGGUUGAAUAUACACUUAAGGAAAGUUCAUCCAUGGGUUCGACUGGAUAUUCAUCUAAUACAAGUGGAAGUCGUGAUUCUGGUGAUCUAUUUGAUUCGGGGAAACGUUUAAGGAGGAAAACUAAGCAGCUUCUCGUUGAGACAAAAGCGAUUCGUACACUUGGUAUUAUCAUGGGUGUUUUUUGUGCUUGUUGGCUUCCAUUUUUUAUUUAUUACCUUGUUGAAGCUUAUUGUGAUUCUUGUCAAACUCCUUAUGAGGUUAAAACGGGAAUUCAAUGGUUGGGUUAUCUUAAUUCAUCUCUUAAUCCAUUAAUAUAUGCUUUUUGUAAUCAGGAUUUUAAGAAUGCUUUUCGUCAAAUCCUUUUCAAUACACCAAGUUAUCUAAUCUCUUCGGAUACUUGUCAUGAUGAAACCAGUAGCUCAACAAAAUCUCACAUUCAGGGUAAUAGAUUUGAUAAAAAUUGUGAAGUUGUUGCUUUAAAAGAGAUCUCCAGAUUAUCUAGUGGACCAAGUAACCAUUGGAUUAGCAGGUCGCAAAGUAGAUCAACAUUAAAUGACAGAUCGUCAACUCGAUUAUCGAUAAAGUUUUGAUUAAAUUUGUGACAAAUAAAAAACAACAACAAAAGUUGGAUUUGAGAAAAAACUUUUCACCAACUAAUCAAAUCUCAAUUUCUGUCAUUGAAACAAAAGCGAAUGUAUUAAUUUAUAAAUAAUUGUUAUGAUACUGUUAUGAUGACAAUCAUUUAAUGGACACAUUAUUUUACAUAAAACUGUAAAUCUUUUCUUGUGGUAAAUAUUAUACUUUGUAAAUCGAUUAAAAUUGUAAUCAUUGGAAAGAAAAUAAAUUUUAAAUCAUAUCG